GGCGUCGCGUCAGUCAACGUUUUCUCAACGACGCUCAAUUCUGUCCUAGGUCGCCGUUCAAAGCCGUUUACCAAACACUCAUAGAAUAUUGUCAUGAAUCUCUUUAGGCUGCUGGGGGACCUGGCCCAUCUGGCUUCGAUAUUCAUACUGGUCCACAAAAUUCAGACCACGAGAUCAUGUCGAGGUAUUUCGUUUAAGACCCAAGCCCUCUACGUCCUCGUUUUCGUUGCACGAUACAUCGACCUUUUAUACCGCUGGAUUUCUUUCUACAACUUCAUCAUGAAGAUAUUCUUCAUUGCAAGUAGUUGCUAUAUUCUGUAUCUUAUGAAGUCACGAUUCCGUCCAACACAUGAUCCAUCCAUCGACACAUUCCGAGUCGAAUACCUCCUUGGACCAUGCUUAGUGCUUUCACUCAUCUUCAACUAUCACUUUGAGGUGGCGGAAAUUCUGUGGACAUUCUCUAUAUACCUAGAGUCUGUUGCUAUACUCCCCCAGCUGUUUAUGCUGCAACGCACCGGAGAAGCCGAGACCAUCACUACUCAUUAUCUGGCUGCUUUGGGUAUCUAUCGUGCGCUUUACAUUCCCAAUUGGAUAUACAGAUACUUUACCGAAGACCUGGUCGACCCCAUAGCUAUCACUGCUGGGCUAGUGCAAACAGGGCUUUACCUUGACUUUUUCUAUGUCUACGUCACAAAAGUAUUACAAGGACAGAAAUUUGAGUUACCAGCUUAAGAUGGUUGCAGGUACACGAUACACGCUGAUAUUUUGACCUCUUUUUGGUCGUACUGUCAAUAAUAUAUCGCAUAUUUUCGAAUGAAACCGUAGUA